CAUAAGACCUUUAGGCAUCAUUCACAACUUUCUGAACAUCACAGGAUUCAUACUGAGGAGAAACCUUAUCAAUGCAAAGAGUGUGGCAAGGCCUUUAACUGGCGCACAGCCCUUAGGAGACAUCACAGAAUCCAUACUGGAGAGAAAUCUUACCAAUGUAACGAAUGUGGCAAGGUCUUUGGGCACCUCUCAACCUUUACACAACAUCGCAAAAUUCAUACUGGAGUGAACCCUUACAAAUGUGGCAAGGCCUUUUCCCGCCAGGCACAUCUUAAUGUACAUCACAGAAUCCAUAUUGGAGUGAAACCUUACCAAUGUAAACAAUGUGGCAAGGCCUUUGGGUACUUGUCAAACUGUAUAAAACAUCGCAGAAUUCAUACCGGAGUGAAACCUUAUAAAUGUAAAGAAUGUGGUAAAGCUUUUAACUGGCACUCAGCCCUCAAGACACAUCACAGAAUUCAUAGUGGAGGGAAACCUUACCAAUGUAAACAAUGUGGCAAGGCCUUUACCCGGCCCUCAGCCCUUACAAAGCAUUACAGAAUUCAUACUGGAGAGAAACCUUAUCAAUGUAAAGAAUGUGAUGAAGGCUUUUACUGGCGCUCAGCCCUUAAGUUACAUCAGAGAAUCCAUAGUAGAGAGAAACCUUACCAAUGCAAAGAAUGCGGCAAGGCCUUUUCCCGGGCCUCAGUCCUUACAGAACAUCACAGAAUUCAUACUGGAGAGAAACCUUACCAAUGUAAAGAAUGUGGUAAAGCCUUUAACCGGCUCUCAGCCCUUAAGACGCAUCGCAGAAUUCAUACUGGAGUGAAACCUUACCAGUGUAAAGACUGUGGCAAGGCCUUUUUCCACCAGGAACAUCUUGAUGUACAUCACAGAGUCCAUACUGGACAGAAACCUUACCAAUGUAAAGAAUGUGGCAAGGCUUUUGGGUUCGUCUCAAACUUUAUACAACAUCGCAGAAUUCAUACUGGAGUGAAACCUUACAAAUGUAAAGAAUGUGGCAAGGCCUUUUCCCGCCAGGCAUAUCUUAAUGUACAUCACAGCAUCCAUGUUGGAGAGAAACCUUACCAAUGUAAAGAGUGUGGCAAGGCCUUUAAAGUGCACUCAGAACAUACUCGACAUCACAAAAUUCACAGUGGAGAGAAAUCUUACCAAUGCAAAGAAUGUGGCAAAGCCUUUAACUGUCUAUCGACCCUGAAGAGACAUCACAGAAUUUAUAGUGGAGAGAAACCUUACCAGUGUAAAGAAUGUGGCAAGGCCUUUUCCCGCCAGGAACAUCUUGAUAUGCAUCACAGAGUCCAUACCGAACAGAAACCUUACCAGUGUAAAGAAUGUGGCAAGGCCUUUUACCGACAGGCACAUCUUAAUGUAUAUCACAGAAUUCAUACUGGAGAGAAACAUUACCAAUGUAAAGAGUGUGGCAAGGCCUUUAAAGGGCACUCAGAACUUACUCGACAUCACAAAAUUCACAGUGGAGAGAAACGUUACCAAUGUAAAGAAUGUGGCAAGGCCUUUAACAAGCAAUCAUCCCUUAGACAACAUGAGGGAAUUCAUACUGGACAGAAACCAUACCAAUGUAAAGAAUGUGGCAAAGCUUUUAAGUGGCAGUCAGCCCUUAAAAGACAUCACAGAAUUCAUAGUGGAGAGAAACCUUACCAGUGUAAAGAAUGUGGCAAGGCCUUUUCCCGCCAGGAACAUCUUGAUAUACAUCACAGAGUCCAUACCGGACAGAAACCUUACCAAUGUAAAGAAUGUGGCAAGGCCUUUUCCCACCAGGCACAUCUUAAUGUACAUCACAGAAAUCACAGUGGAGAGAAACCUUACCAAUGUAAAGAGUGUGGCAAAGCUUUUAACUGGCAAUCGGCCCUUAAGAGACAUCACAGAAUUCAUAGUGGAGAGAAACCUUACCAGUGUAAAGAAUGUGACAAGGCCUUUUCCCGCCAGGAACAUCUUGAUAUGCAUCACAGAGUCCAUACCGGACAGAAACCUUACCAAUGUAAAGAAUGUGGCAAGGCCUUUUCCCGCCAGGCACAUCUUAAUGUACAUCACAGAAUUCAUACUGGAGAGAAACAUUACCAAUAUAAACCAGUGUGGCAAGGCCUUUAAAGGACACUCAGAACUUACUCGACAUCACAAAAUUCACAGUGGAGAGAAACCUUACCAAUGUAAAGAAUGUGGCAAAGCCUUUAACUGUCAAUCGACCCUUAAGAGACAUCACAGAA